AUAAAUUUUUAGUAAUAUUAUUACCUUUUAUUUAUGUAAAGUUGUACUAAAACUGUCAUCAAAUUUUAAAACUAAUACUAUCAAAAUCAAUAAAUUAGAAGAAUUGAGAUAUCAAAUAAUAAAUAUCGGUUAAAGUAACUUGUGUAACAAGAUUUUAGUUUUUCUAAAUAAUUUAUACAAUGGCAAAGAUAGUUGGCAUCACUACCAAAUUUUAUGAUGAUUAUGUUAAAACAACAUCAAAAAAACUUAAAAUUAUUGAUGCUUAUUUAUUGUACAUUCUGUUAACUGGAAUUGUACAAUUUGUUUACUGCUGCCUUGUUGGGACAUUUCCAUUUAAUUCAUUUCUUAGUGGAUUUAUUUCUUCUGUCAGUAGUUUUGUUCUUGGAGUAUGUUUAAGAUUACAAGCUAACCCUCAAAACAAAUCUCAAUUUAGUGAUAUCAGUCCAGAAAGAGGCUUUGCAGACUUCAUUUUUGCACAUGUUGUGUUACAUCUAACUAUAAUGAAUUUCAUUGGAUAAUCUAAGAAUAAGUUUAAUGAUAUAAUAACUAUUAAUAUAAAAUUAAUUCCAACACAGUUUGAUUUAUUUAAACUAUAUGUAAUUUUUUUUCAAUAUAUUUAUAAUUCAUAAAGUGCUAAUAGAUAUAAAUUAAUUUUGAUUCAUCUAAAUAAUAGUUUAUUACUUAAAAACUUUAAUUUUUAAUUGUUAAAAACUGUUUAUAUUAUAUCUGUGAAUUCAUAAUUCAUACAAUUUUAUAUGCAACAAGAA